UGAAUUCCAUGUGCCAUUGAAGUUAAUGGAAGUUUUCUUGUGCUUAAAAUUAUGCUGAAGGAAAUAAUAUUUUAGCAUGUUGUGGCAAGGCUGACAUUUAAGGCAAAUUAAAUGAAAGUAUAUAGAAUAAUUUCCCCCCCACUUUCCUCUUGUUUUCUAGGAAUAUAAAGCUACAUCUGUCCCUUCAGUGAUUUAUGACUACAAAUAAGCUUUUACAGCAAUUGCUUCCACCUACUGUUCUGGCUUCUUCUGCUGUUAGUCAAUAGAAGAGGAGUGUUGAACGCAAAACAAGUAUUCCUAAUAAGCAGAGAAACUCCAUACAGUAUGUUUUGCACCAAACUGAAAGACUUGAAGAUCACUGGGGAGUGUCCUUUCUCGUUACUGACCCAAAGUCACAUUUCUGAUGAAAAUGAGGAGGAAAGUACAGAAGAGUCAAACAGUUCUAGAGCAGCUCUGCCCAUCUGCAAAGAAGUCCAUGAAAAAGAUGCUCAUGGAAACCCACCCCAAAGGAAAACUAGCAGGAACAGAGUGUAUCUACACACAUUAGCUGAGAGCAUCUGUAAACUGCUAUUUCCUGAGUUUGAACGGUUAAAUCUUGCACUUCAGAGAACAUUAGCAAAGCAUAGAAUAAAAGAAAACAGAAAAUCUGGAGACAGAGAAGAUUUUGAAAAAGCAGUCACUGAACAUGCAGAUUUAGCAGGUGUUCCAGUAGAUGUUGCAAAGGAAUCCCUUGGUGAAGAGCUCUUUAAAAUAUGCUAUGAAGAGGAUGAACAUAUCUUAGGAGUUGUUGGUGGAACUCUUAAGGACUUCUUAAACAGUUUCAGUACCCUUCUGAAGCAGAGUGGCCAUAGCCAAGAAGGAGUAAAAAAGGACAGACUUGAAGAAGCCUCCAUAUUAUGUCUGGAAAAAGAUCAAGACUUUUUAAAUGUGUACUAUUUCUUUCCUAAAAAAACAACUAGUCUCAUUCUUCCUGGUAUUAUUAAAGCAGCAGCUCGUAUUUUAUAUGAAACUGAUGUGGAAGUGACAUUGAUGCCUCCUUGCUUCCGUAAUGAAUGCACUGAGUUUAUUAACCAACCAUAUUUGUUGUACUCUGUACAAGUCAAAAGCACAAAACCUUCCUUAUCUCCAUGUAAACCACAGUCUUCACUUGUAAUCUCUGCUGCUUUGUUUUGUAAGACCUUUCCAUUUCAUUUCAUGUUUGACAAGGAUAUGGUUGUUCUACAAAUUGGCAAUGGGAUAAGGAGACUUAUGAAUAGGAGAGAACUUCAACCAAAAACAAACUUUGAUGAGUAUUUUGAAAUUCUUACCCCAAAAAUAAACUGCACGUUUAGUGGGAUUAUGGCAAUGCUGAAUAUGCAGUUCACUGUACGAGUAAGGAGAUGGGACAGUUCUAUUAAGAAGUCUUCAAGGGUCAUGGAUCUUAAAGGCCAAAUGAUCUAUAUUUUUGAAUCCAAUGCUAUCUUGUUUUUGGGAUCUCCUUGUGUGGAUAGAUUAGAAGAUUUUACAGGUCGUGGACUGUACCUUUCAGAUAUUCCAAUUCAUAAUGCACUGAGGGAUGUUGUUUUGAUAGGAGAACAAGCCAGAGCUCAAGAUGAACUGAAGAAGAGGUUAGGAAAACUAAAAGCUACUUUGGAGCAGGCCCACCAAGCUCUUGAAGAGGAGAAGAAGAAGACGGUAGAUCUUUUGUUCUCAAUUUUUCCUGGUGAAGUCGCUCAGCAGCUCUGGCAGGGACAAGUUGUGCAAGCCAAGAAAUUUAGUAAUGUCACAAUGCUGUUCUCUGACAUUGUCGGAUUCACUGCCAUCUGUUCACAGUGCUCACCUAUGCAGGUUAUCACCAUGCUUAAUGAACUCUAUACUCGCUUUGAUUACCAGUGUGGAGAACUAGAUAUCUACAAGGUGGAGACCAUUGGAGAUGCCUAUUGUGUGGCUGGUGGUUUACACAAAGAAAGUGAGACACACGCUGUGCAAGUAGCCUUAAUGGCUCUGAAGAUGAUGGAGCUUUCAGAUGAGGUGAUGUCUCCCCAUGGAGAGCCUAUUAAGAUGCGUAUUGGUCUCCAUUCUGGGUCCGUCUUUGCUGGAGUUGUUGGAGUUAAAAUGCCACGUUAUUGUCUCUUUGGAAAUAAUGUAACUCUUGCCAACAAGUUUGAGUCUUGCAGUGUACCUAGGAAAAUAAAUGUCAGUCCAACAACUUACAGGCUGCUUAAGGAAUACCCAGGUUUUGUGUUCACACCCCGUUCAAGAGAAGAACUUCCUCCAAACUUUCCCAGUGAUAUCCCUGGGAUUUGUUAUUUUCUGGAUGCUUAUAUUCAAGGAACAAAUUCAAAGGCCUGGUUUCAAAAGAGAGAUAUUGAAGAUGGUAAUGCAAAUUUCUUAGGCAAGGCAACAGGAAUAGACUAAAUAGCACAUUUACAAAAUAAUUUUAUAAAUAUUUUCAGUUUUGUAUACACUGAGAAUAAAAAGUAUAUGAAAUAUGAAAGCACUUUAGAUUGUUAACACCUGAAAACCAGUAUUAAAAUUUCAGGAAGUAUGUCACAGACUACUUUUUAUUUUUGUUUUCCAUAAGAAAUACAGUCACUAAAUAUUUCAACUUCACUGUUUUAAAAUGUUGUUUUAUAGUAUUUUGUUUUGCCUGUGAUAAUUUGUAAGUAUUACAUAACCAUUUCAAUCCUACUUGUUUUGCAAAUUGUAGAAGUGUUGUACAUAUACUGUUGCAGGAAACGUAAUGCACAAAUGAUGCAGCCACAUGCAGUAUUGUGAGUUGCGCACACCAAUGCUUAUUAAAAACAGUCUAUUUAGUUGCUUGAUCAGAGAAGUAUCCAUAAACAAUUAUAACUGAUAUCAUCAUCUUCUGUUGCAUCAUUAUGUCCUUUGGGUGAGUCUUAUGAGAUAUGGACCAUCUCCUAUCAUGCGCUGAAGUAAAUGAGAAUAGUUGGCACUCAGCAUUUUGUUGAAUCAGGUUGUCAGUGGUAACUAAUAACAGUAUAUAUAGCAUAAUAUGCUGCUUACUCUUUCUGAAUUUAUUAUUGUGCAUAAAAUAAAUAUUUAUAGAUCAAAAAUGUAUUAUCACAUACUAAAGCCUUUGUAAUCAGCAACAAUAUUUAGUUCAUGGAGUUUUAAAUGCAAUUUAAAAAUUAUUUCACCCUUAUAUUAUGUGUUGUAGCAAUAUAUGUUUUCUCUUUGUUGCCAUUUAAUUUUAACUGUUUCAAAGACUGUAAUAAAAUAUAUUGGGAAGUGUU